GUCGUAUUGUUUGCGUCAUCAUAUGCGGAAGUGGAUAUGAAGAAGCCGUUGCAGUAUGGAGGAGGAAAGGAAAAUGAGAUCCUUAUUAUGAACAGUAGAGCGCUGGAGUCUUAACGAGCAAAGCCGCUCGUUUCCUCCGUAUAAACACGCAGUGGGAUAUGCUCUCCUGGUUUUCUGGUUGUACUUCAAAAAUGAGAAAAGAAGUAACGCUGAUCUGAAGGAGGAGAUGACUAAAGAGGAAGUGCUGAAGGAGCCCUCAGCAGAAGACGCAGUCCUGGACCGGUCCAGUGUUCAUUCCCACACUCCUGCUCGCCCUGUUAUUCAUCAGGUGGCAUCCGUCCCCAUGCCCUCCGACUCUGACUUCUCUUUCUUUGACCCCAGUGAUCCCCAGUGUAGGUUGGUGCUGUUAGAUCCCUGUACCACAGUGCCUGAGCUUUUUGCGGUGCUCAGACAGUGGGUCCCUCAAGUGCAGAAGAACAUUGAACUCAUCGGUAACGAGAUUCUGAAGAGAGGUUGCGGUGUCAAUGACAGAGAUGGUCUUACCGACAUGAGCCUGCUGCAUUACUGCUGCAAAGCUGGUGCACCAGGCAUAGUAUUGCUGUUUCACAACACUUCUAUAAGGAAGAAGCUAAUGUCAGGUGACGCAGAGAAAGCAGCGAGUUUUGCCCGGAAGCUCUUAUCUCUGGGAGCAGACCCAUCUCUGCGCAGCCGCUGGACCAACAUGAGCGCCCUUCAUUAUGCUGCCUACUUCGAUGUUCCUCACCUCAUCCGUGUGGUGUUGCAGGCUUCACAGCCGGGAGAAGUGGACGCCACCUGCAGUGAUUUUGACUUCGGCACUGCCCUGCACAUCGCUGCUGCUAACCUCUGUACCACUGCAGUCCGCUGUCUGUUGGAGCUCGGAGCUAAUCCUGCAUUCAGGAACGAUAAGGGACAGUGUCCUGUAGACGUGGUGCCCGAGCCGCUGGACAUGCCUCUUGAGAUGGCAGAUGCUGCGGCUCAGGCUAAAGAGCUAAGGAUGUUGUUGAGGGAUGUUCUACCCCAACCCGUCACUCCUCGGCAUCUCGUACCCGGGCACCCCUUCGACCUUCACUCGGAGAAGGCCCGAGCACAUCUCGCUAAUAUGGGCAUCCACCUCGGAGACAAGGUUGUCAUCGCUGGCCAGAAGGUGGGGACCCUGCGCUUCUGUGGCAGCACCGAGUUUGCCGGGGGUCUGUGGGCUGGUGUGGAGCUUCAGCAGCCGGAGGGGAAGAAUGACGGAUCUGUAGCUGGUGUUCACUACUUCACCUGCCGUAUGAAACACGGAAUCUUUGCUCCGCUUUCUAAAAUCAGUAAAUUCUCAGAGCGACGCCGACCCGUCCCUCGUCGAUCUGCUGCUCCUCUUCGCCCUCCUCGCCACAUUGACCUCUCGAGGGUCAAGUCGAAAGUCGACACAGGUUUAGCAUCAAUAAAGUCGAGGUCCUUACCAACACUCGCAAUUGGUGCGGACAUUCAGACAGGUGCUCUGUCACGCAGCUGCUCCACGUCAUCGUCCUCUCUGGACUCCCAACAAAUCUCUGUCCUAAAACCUCCGAUUCCUGCGCCUAGACAGAGACGUCCCCUUCGUCCUCGCCAGGAACGGACACCUUCAAACUCCAGAUCUACUCCUCCACCAUCCUCGCAGUGUGGCAUGGCGCGCAGCAGGACUCCGUCUGCCUGUAGCUCAGUCUCAGAUGGUCCCAUGUUGCGCUUGGGAGAGCGAGUUCUUGUGAUCGGUCAGAGGACAGGAGUUGUCCGAUUCAACGGCAAGACCGGCUUUGCCCCAGGUAUUUGGCUUGGGAUUGAACUGGAUAAACCCAGUGGGAAGAACGACGGCUCUGUCGGAGGCGUGAAGUAUUUCAGCUGCCCGCCAAAACAUGGAGUGUUUGCUCCGCCUUCACGAGUGCAGCGGAUCCAUGGCUCUGUGGACUGCCUGUCAGAACUGUCGUCCUCCCGAUACAAUCGCACUCUUAACGGUAUGCGUCGUAGUUUGAGCACUACUUCAGCCAUUGCCACACAGCGAGAGCCAAAUCGGAAGACUCAAGCUAACCGAAACUAUUUGUCCAGCACACGCCGGUGGUGGAGCUCUCUCAGUCACGCCUCGGCUGCAGCGUCUCCUCGGGGUUCAGGCACUCUAGGUGGCACCGUCAGCACUUCUAGCACGGACGGCGCUGUCAAACUGCACCUGGGCAUGCAGGUCCUGCUCAGCAGUGCCAACGAAAUGGGCACCAUCCGCUACUUUGGCACUGCUGACUUUGCACCAGGCCUCUGGCUAGGCCUGGAGCUGCGCAGUGCUAAGGGGAAGAAUGAUGGUUCAGUUGGCUCUAGGCGCUACUUCAGCUGUCGGCCUCUCCACGGAGUCCUGGUGCGCCCGAGCAGGGUCACCUACCGCGGUAUUAACGGAGCCAAGCUGGUGGACGAAAGCAGCUGAGACCACAGGCUAUUAUCAUUCUCCCACCACUUUCACCUGUCUCAGCUCUGCCACGCUCUUUUUCUUCUUUAGUAAAUAAGCACCUGGAUGGAUGGAGGGACAAUAUGCUGCCAGAGGAUGAGAUGAAGCACUUUGAAAGCACAAAGGACAGGGUUAUUAGUCAGCAAUUCAGUCUGUGUAAUGAGAUUUAUUGUGUGUUGUUUGGGUUCUGGAUGAUGUUUACCGGGGAAUUGAGUUCAGUCAUUUGUUUUCUUACUAAAGAAAGUUCACCUUGGAAGUGAGGUCAGUUAUUUAAGUUCUACUUAAUUAAGUUAUUAUUGAGUGAAAUCUGAGUUACUUAGUGAUCGUGAUUGUUUUUUGGUUUGCUUGUUUUUCUGAGAGCUAAUUAUUUGAUUUGAUUUGCUGAGUGAAGAGCUGAACAGUAGCAAUUUGUAAGCACUUUAAGCAAAAUAUUGCGGAUUAUGACAAUGACUCUCAUCCAGCAUAAGUAAAUGAACAUGAAUGUCAGGUCAUAAAGCAUUUCUAAGGCAUUGUUUCUGAACAUGCAUUACGCUUUAGAGCAGAAUUUGCUAUACAUCAUGAAUUGUUAACAUGAUGAUCUGUAAGUAAUGCCCAUCGAAUAUUAGAACACAGUUGCCAUGGCAACCGAGCGCUUUUUCAGUGUUCAUUUAAUGUGCUAUUAACGGUGCUUAUAAUGCAUUCUGCAUCCAGUUUAUACGUGUAUUAUAAUUACUGCUAUAAACAGUAAUGUCAUUUCAUAAAUGAUUCGGACAGUGUGUAUAAUGCCAUAUGAAUGCUUUAGAAGGUCAUUAUACUGUACGUAUGGCCUUCGUAGAAAGUGUUACCGUAGGGUGUUAAUUUCUUCCUCUCCUUUCCUUCCUUUUUUUCCUUCAUGAUUUGUGCUAAAGGACAGCGCAUAGCCUGUGAGAAAGUUUCUUCCAUAUUGAGAACGAGGCCAAGAUCACAGCAUACACUAGCACUUUAAUAGUGUUACUACUGAACUCCUACAUGUUUCUUUUCCCUCCCAAGAAUCAUUUUGAAAUCGUUUGCUGAGAAUAGCUUUAUGUUCAGUGUUGCUAUUUUUACUCUGAUGUUCAUUUUUGUCAUAGAAAGAUAGAAACGGAAUUCGAUCUUUCUCUCAAAGCGUUUGCCUUGUCAGAGUCCGCGAACUCACCUUUAGCAUUUAUCCUCUUUCAUUUGCCUUCUGAAUGUAUCUUCAGGAAAUAAAAUUUCCAAACGAAUUA